AUGAUCAACGCCACCCAUUAUGUGGGCGCGAUAGAGCACGGUAACGAUGAGUGGCUGGAGGUGAAGAUUGAACAAGGUCCCGUACGCGGACAACUGGAUUCAGGUGGAGAACUGUGGACUUUUCUGAAUUUACCUUACGCCACGGCACCGACGGGCAGAAACCAAUUUAAGGCACCUCUUCCACCGCCCACAUGGACUGAAACAUAUGAAGCUAUCGAUAGAGGCGUCAAAUAUGGCAUAACUUUGUUAAAACAGGUGAGCCCGUAA